AUCACCCAACAAUCGGUAACAUAGAAUAAUUACACUUGGCUAACUUAGGCUGGCAAAGCCCGAUUUCAAACUAAUAGAAAUGUAUUUUACAAAAUUGCUCCCUCAAAAUGACAACUAUGAUAUAAAGCAAGGAUAAAUAAGGGCUCAAUUUCCCCCCCCUUUUUUUAAUUUGUUCCUAGCCGUUGCUAUAUACUUAUAAAAUAUCUACUCAAUUAAUAGAAAUAGUGUAAGCCAUGAUGGUACAACACUCACAUAUAAUCACUGUUAUUCUCACACUAUUCACACCAUUGCUUAUUUCCGCCUAUGAUUUGGACAUCAAUUCCCAUGAUAGUAUCUGUCACGCGGCAAAAUUAGCUGCAGAUGGUGCUUGGAACUACUAUGAUGGAUUCAAGUACGGAGGAGUAAUCGGAAUGUUCAUACCACCAAAUUACUGGUGGAAUUCAGGCCAAACUUUUGGUGGACUUCUUGACUACUACAAAUUCUGUGAUCCAAAGAAUGAAACAUUGAAGAAAGAUAUUUUUGAUGGAAUGUAUCUGCAGGUUGGAGAUCAUUUCGAUUUCGUCCCAUUGAACCAAACAAAAACCGAAGGUAAUGAUGAUCAAGGUGUUUGGGGAAUGGCACUCUUGGAAGCUGUUGAAAGAAACUUCACUAAUCCAAAAGGUCAUACCUGGUUAAAAUUAACUGAAAAUUUAUUCAACAGUAUGAACGGUAGAUGGGAUACCAAACAUUGUGGAGGAGGAUUAAGAUGGCAAAUUUAUAAAUGGAACAACGGGUACAAUUACAAAAAUACAAUUUCCAAUGGUAGCCUUUUCCACAUUGCCGCUCGAUUGGCCAGAAUAACUGGAAACAGAACUUACUUUGACAUUGCCAACAAGGUAUGGAAAUGGAUGGAUGAUGUUGGUUUCCUUGGCGAGGAUACCAAGGGAAAUUUCUGGCUUUUCGAUGGUGCAGAAAUUGAAGAUGAUUGCAGAAAGAUCACUGUUUUGAGAUGGUCCUAUAACUAUGGAAUUGUUUUAUCAGGAAGUGCAUACAUGUACAACAUCACCGAAGACGAAGUAUGGAAAAAUAGAACAAAGGAAAUAUUGGAUGCAUCACUUAGUUUCUUCUUCCACAACAAGAUCAUGCAGGAAACAACAUGUGUUGAUAAAGAUAAUUGCAACAAUGAUCAACGGUCUUUCCGGUCAUUAUUUGCACGAGGUCUUGUAUUGACUUCUUUAGUUAUGCCUGAAACGAGGUCCAAGAUCAUGCCCUAUUUGAAAAAGUCUGCUGCAGGAGCGGCAGCUUCCUGUUCAGGAGGUUCUGAUGGAAUCUCUUGUGGAAUGGAUUGGUCUAAGGGAAAAUGGGAUGGAGUUUAUGGAUUAGGGGAACAAGUUUCAGCUUUAGAAACAAUUAUGUCUUUGAUUGUUAAAGAGCCAGAUCCAAUAAAACAUAAAACUACUUCAAAGACCGUUUCGAAAACCACUUUAAAGACCACAACUUCCAAAACAUCAUCAACCACAAGUUCUAAAACAUCAUCUAAAACAAGUAGUUCGACAUCGCUUCUGCGAAAAGAUCCUACUAGUACAGCAUUGAUAAUUAAAAAGAAUUCUGAGUCUCAUCUUUCCACUCUGUCCUUAAUUAAAUUUGUUCCUUUCUUGUUGCAGUUAUUAUAAUCGAAAUUAAUAGAUUUGCUUUUGGAAUUACAUGAAUUAACGAGUUGUGAUGCACAUCUAUUCCACAUAGAAUUGGGGACUUCAACAGUAUAAAUCUUGUUUAAUUAUUAUAAUUCAUUAUGAAAUGGGCAUGUUUGCAUAUUCAUCUCAUAUCUUAUUUUUUUUUAUUGGUAGUAUAUAGCAUACAUAGCAUAAUGGAGAAAGGUAGCAAACCAAGAUUUUCCCCAU